AUGUUUUAUUAUAUUAGAAAAUUUAAUAUAAUUUUUUUAUUUUAUAUCGUGGUAAUAGUUAAAACAAUUAAAGGAGAUGAAGAUUAUACAUCUCCUAGUGAAUUAAAUGAUAAAAUUUCUGGAUUUCUAGGAUAUAAAUGUAAUUUUUCAACAAAAGGUGUUCAUAAUUUAGAACCAGAUAUACUUGAAUAUAGAUCUGUUUUUUGCAGUAUAAAUUCAUAUUUUAUAUAUGACAAGAUAAGGUUAAUGAUUCCUAAAAUUGAUAGCUCAUCAAAAUUUAAAAUUUUGCCAGGGCAAUGUUUUCAAAAGGUAUAUGUUGAUUUUGAUAAAAAAGUUGAAACGGAUAUUUCUGAUUUAGGUUUAGUAGAAUAUGAAAUUAAUGAAGAUGAUUCUUCUCAAGAUUAUACAGAAAAAACUAUAACAAUAUCACCAUUUAAUAACUCAGAUGUAGAAUUUUUUUGUUUUUGUGAUAAUACAGGAAAAAUUGUAUCAGAUGUAGAAGGAAGAAGUGCUUUAGUGCAUGUUCAUGUAUUAAAAUAUCCACAUGAUAUCAUAUCUAUUAACUUAACAAAUGAUUCAUUUCCUUACUUAAAAAAUCCAAAAGGUAAGGAUGACUUUCAAGAUAACGCUUUAGAGAUACUAUUAAAUCCAAGUGAACUUCUAGUAUUAGCUUGUGAACUAAUAGAUAAGCAAUGUUUUCAAAAACCCAAAUAUAAUGACAUAUAUAAAAGUAAUAAAAUUAUUUAUCAUAAAAAAUUUGCAAUAUUCAAGGCUCCUGCAUAUAUUAAAUAUGGAGAUAUGGACGCUGUCUGUACUUGCAAGGUAGAUAGUACUCCUUAUAGUAUAGUUCUAAAACCAAAACAAGAAAAGAGAAUAAUACAAGGAUGUGAUUUUUCUACUGAUGAUACUAGCGAACAAUUUUCAAAUAGUAUUGAUUUAAAAAAAGCUGAAGAUAAUUCACCAGUUAAUUGUGAAAUUGAGUUAAAAGAAAAAUAUUAUGAUCAUUUAAUAGGUUUGAGAUGUCCAGGUGAAAUUAUACCAGAUUGCUUUUUUCAAGUAUAUCAACCUGAAGAAGAACAAUUAGAGCCAUCGAAAAUAGUCCAUUUAGAUUCACACUUAAAUGUUGGAGAUAUUGAAUAUUAUGAAGAUAGUAAAAAUGGAAAUAAAGUAAAAAUAUUUGGUAUAGUUGGAAGUAUACCAAAAGAUACAUCGUUUACUUGUUUAUGUAAGAAUGAUAAAAAAACUGGAUAUAUGACAGUUAAAUUAGCAUCAGCUUAUUAUGGAUUCUUGGCAAAAAUUUUUAUAUUUUUAAUUGUUAUAAUAUUAUUAUACAUUUAA